UAUGUAUACUUGUCUUGAACAAGUGAAAAGCAAAAUGAAAGGAAUGAUAAGAUUGCUUAAAUCUAAAAUACCAGAUAUCCGUGUAGGCGUCAUUGCACACGGCGAUUAUGAUACAAACUUGUAUCUCAUCAAGUAUGAAGAUCUUACUGCAGAUGCGGACAGACUGUGCUCAUUUGUAAAUGCGGCAGGUUGUAAUCGUGGAUCAACAUCGGAUGAAUGUUACGAGUUAGCUUUACAUUAUAGCAGAACGCAGCUGUCCUGGCGAGACAACAGUUCCAGGACACUAAUCAUGAUUGGAGAUUGUCGACCACACGAUGUCGAUGAUCCUCAAAAUGAACAAAAAAUAGAUUGGGAAGACGAAAUAAGGCAGCUACGAGAAAUGAAUGUAAAGAUUAAUGCAGUUCAAUGUCAAAACAGAGCUUAUGCUGACUCGUUCUACCAAAAGAUAGCAUCGUCUACGUUUGGACAUUAUGUAUCACUUAACGAUAUGAACAAAAUUGAAGAGGUGAUUUUGUCAAUUUGCUUCAGAGAAGCUGGAUUUGAACAGAGCAUGACAAUUGAGAAUCAAGCAAAAUCUAAAGAUGUAUCAAUGCAAAAAGAAAUUGAGACAAAUGAUCAAAAAGUUAUACUUAAUGAGGAGUCCGACUCUGAUGAUGAAGAUGAGGGAAAUGGUAUGAAGUGUCCACUCUGUAAAGUCAAUAAACCUCCCAAUGAAUUCCCAACUAUUACUGUGAGUGAAGAAUGUGAACAUGCUCCACUGGAAUGUCUAAGAGUAAUUACUUUCAAUAUUAAUUGAAUAAAAUCAUAUUAUAAAUCAUGUAAGGUGGUACAUGGUAUCCAAGUGAAAAAUAUUUAGUUAUUAUAAAACAUUAUCAUAAAAUUUACAAAUAUUACAUAUGGCCAUUUUCAAGUACAUCACUGACAAACUAUUUUGAAACAGAAAGGACACAAACACCAUAUUUGUGCAGGUAGUUUCAAAUGUAAAAAAUCAUGUUUUUGAUACUCAAAUAAUUUUAGUAACAACUGAGAUUUAUAUAUAAUUAUAUGAUAUACCAUAUUUAAACAAAUCAAAAGAAACUGUUUUAGAGUAAACGGAAUGUUAAGCAUAAUGUUUUUAUCUUACUAAUUAUCACUAAAUUGUACCACUAGUGUGUAGUGAAACACGUUAAAGAGACCGGAAAAUGCCCACGUGAAAACUGUGAUAUUGAUGUACAGCCUAAAUGUGACAUGAUAGAGUUCUUUCAAGCAAAAUUAGACAGACUUUUUGUAAAUUACAGUAAGAUAUCGGAACAACAAGCAAGACUGAUGACACCUGGUUUUGAACUGAUAAGCGUUUCGACUAUGAACGGCGAUACAGAGUGGUUUCCCUUUAGGUCAGAUAUGCAAAUAAUCGAAUUGAAGCGGGAAAUAAACGAGAAACUUGGUGUUAAGGUGGAACAACAGCGACUCAUUUAUAAUGACACAAAUCUUAAGGCUGCUGCCAGACUGUCUGACUACAAUAUUUGCAGCAAUGCAAAUAUUUCUCUGAUCAUGCCACUGUACUGUAUUCCCGAACACCUUGACCACGUUGUUUUUGAUCUAUCCUGGGAAUUUCCUGCAGUGAAUCCAGAUUUCCUUGACGCCACGUGUAUGGCUUUUGAAAAGGAUGAAUUCAUCCAAGUUAUUGAUUGGACCCAUUCCACGAACGAUUAUUAUCUGAAGAACUCGGUGAGGCAUUCAGAGAAAAAUCUGUCUGGUCCUGGCGGAAAGACAGGCCGUCAGACGAUUCACGUUUAUUUGAAGAGUGUCCCAAGGAAUGUCACUCACCUCUACUUUAUCUUAAGUUCAUGGAGGUCACCAAACCUGUCUGAUUUCAAGAAUCCUUCCUUGAAGUUUUACGAGGCAUCCAGCGAAAACGCUAACUUGUGUGAAACAACAUUUGUACAUGCGCUAAAUUCUCAAGCUGUUAUAAUGUGUUCGACGGUACGACAGGGGUCGAAAUGGCAAAUAUUUGAAUGCGGUGCUGGUAGCUUGGUGGCAGGAAAUGCCAAGUGUUACAAUCCAAUAAGGGCUAGAAUUGCUGAUCUUAUAAGAAACGAAUUGUAAUCUAUAUGGUGUAUUGAAAUGUGCAUCUCUAUUGACAGGAUAUAUAUAGAUUAAUAAUAGUAAGUCGUAAUUCUUUUUCACU